CGCACUGUUCGAAAAACGAUCCCAAUUUCAGCCUUUUAGCGAAAACCCUGGUUCACACUGAGGAAGUAAGUGGGACUGUGGGAAGGAGGGAGAGAGCGAAAACCCUGUGGAUUUCCACUUCCGGCGAGCUCUCUCGAUCGGCGGCAAUGCAGUUUUGGGAUGAUUUGGCUGGAGUUAAAGUUCUAGAUGUCCUUGAUAAGGUAAUAGAAGGUGGAGCAUUUGUUUUGACUCUUAAAGAUCAGAGUAUUCUUGCUGAUGGCUACAUCAAUGGUGAGGUUGAUGGGCUUGAAAAUGUCAAAAUUGGGGAGCAGAAGUGCCAAACUGAAGCUUAUAAGGCCAGGAAGAAGCCUAUGAUGACAAGUUCAAUGAUGACCCUCUGGCAGAGAAAAAAGAUGAUUCCCCCAUACGAUGAACCAGCAGAUUAGGGGCUGGCCUUGGAUGGUAGGAGACGUUUCAGUGGUGAAGCAGAGAAAAAAUUGGAGGAGGAAAAUAUACGUGCCAAAGAUCUAAACUCAUCCGGAAGAAUCUCGUCUGAUUACUAUACUAGAGAAUAAAUGUUUCAGUUUAAGAAGCCAAUGAAAAAGCCGUCUCUGAGGAAGAAGGAUAAGUUGGAUAUAUAUGCUCUUGAAGCAGAAGCCAUCUCCACAGGGUUAGGUACGGGUGAUCUUAUUUCUAGGAGUGGCAGUAGAAGUAAGGCCGGAGAAGAGCAAGAGAGAUCCGAGGCAGGAAAGAGAAACUGCGCAUAUCAGUCAGCCUUAGCUAAAGCGGAAGCGGUAUCUGACGCAUUACGAUUAAGGCAAACGGUUCCUGCUGCUGCUGAAGAGGAAGUUAAUGAUAUGGGUAUGGAAGAGGAUGAUCUCCACAAAUCUGUUGAAAGAGCAACAAAGCUGGCAUUGGAAAAGCAAGUGAAGAAGGCUCUAGUCGGCCCUGAAGCAAUUGCUCGUCUUGCCACCACCAUUAAGAGCAGUCAGGCAGCUGAUGAGCAAAACUCUGCAACUGAAGAAUCACAAAAAGGCAAGGUCGUCUUCACGGAGGUUGAAGGGUUUGUUAGGGGCCUGCAGCUUGAUCAAGAUGCCCGCAAGGCUGAUGCCACAGAUGUUCUCGAUAAUGAAGAUGAUUCAGCUGUAGCUACUCAUGAGAAGAAAGAAGAUAAAGCUGGUGGGUGGCCGGAAGUAAGCAAGACGGUUAAAGAUGAAGACCCUAUGACGGAGGAUGCUAUAGAGGUAGCCCCUGAUGAGAUGUUUCAUGAAGUCCCUAUUGGUAGAGGAUUGUCAGGUGUAGUGAAGCGGCUCCAUCAGCAAGGGUCCCUGGAAGAAAGCAUUGACUGGGGCGGUAGAACUAUGGAUAAGAAGAAGAGCAAGCUUGUUGGCAUUGUGGACACUGAAGAUGCCAAUGAGAAGAAGAACAAGGAUAAGUAUUACGAUCGAUUUAAGGAUCUUCGUAUUGACAGGAGAAACGAAUUUGGGCAGAUCAUGGCACCAAAAGAGGCAUAUAGGAUGCUCUCUCAUUCAUUCCAUGGUAAGGUGCCCGGGAAAAGGAAGCAAGAGAAGCGGAUGAAGCAAUAUCAGGAAGCACAGAAGUUGAAGCAAAUGAAGAAUUCAGAUACACCUUCAUUAUCAAUGGAGAGGAUGAAGGAAGCUCAUGCACAGCUGAAGAGACCAUACCUCGUGCUUUAGCGGUCAUAUGAAACCUGGGUUUAGCUUUUAUUUUAGUAUAAAACAAAAUGCAAGGCUGACUGGGCAUGGCUAUGACAGCACAACAAAGAAACCCGGAACUUGAUUGAACUUCCAUCUCUUGCUGUUACAGAUCUAGUAGAGUGAAGAACCAUGUCAUCUAUACCUCACAAAAAGUGACUGAGCAGAUGCUCUCUUGAUGGAAGAACCAAACUAGAGGCUCAUUCCAAUACCAUGCCAUCUAUACCUCACUAACCACGCCUUGUGGCAGCCUAAUUAAGUUACUGCAUACGUCAUUGUUUUGUUCUUUGGAUUAGUUUAGUAUCAAUUAUUCAUAUUAACUUAACUAUAUAGUUGACUAUCUGACUAGUCAAUAUCUAGAAGCAAUUUUAUUGUGGGACGUGGUUGCACAUUUUUAGCACUUAUUCAAAUACCAC